UUUUGUUUUGGCAUUGUUGGUAGUUCAUCGCAAUGGACAAAGUCUUGGAAGUGAUAGACUUGAGUUUAUUGCUUGACAAAAUCGCUAUAAAAGGCGCACCCCCUGAAAGUAUACAGCGUUUAGGAGUUGCUGUGUUAUCGGCGAAAUAUAUGAAGGACUUUAAUAUUCGUCUAGGACAGCCGUUACGAUUAACAAAGCUUCCGUCGAUUGACUCAACUAUUUCGAGUGUGGAGCAAGAGGAGAGCUUAAAUGUAGCUUUGGAGCGCGUGCACUUAUUUGAUGAGCCGAGUGAUAGGAACAUUUCUUGUGCCACAUACCCGUCACCGCAAUUCUUAUUGUCGAUAGCUUGGCCGUUGUCGUUUUUGCCUGAUAAUGUUAUUGCUUUAGAUUCUUUUAGUUGUUUCUUAUUAUUUAUGACUGCAUAUCAGAAACAAGUGAUCAAAGACACCACAUUAGAAGUAGCUCUGAGGGUGAAGAAAGAAAUGGGUCGAAAAACUUUGUUACCUUCUACGCCUGUAUCUGGGAAGAAAAAGCACAAAUCACCCAAAGUGCAGCCGAAUAAAGAAGAGAAUAUUUCUAUUGGUGUAUGUAUGUCUCAUGUUUACAGUGAAGAGGAACAUGGUCGAAUUGCUGCUACGGUGUUUUGUUGUAUUGCAGGGUUUGGUCCACCUAGUGUAGAUGGCCAGUUGGAACCCGUGGAUUCGGACCGUUUAGAAAAAUGGUACGAUGAUGUACAUUUUGAGUCAUAUAUAAGAAAUAUUGUUUCCAAGCGGUAUAUCGUACCUGGUUGUUGGAUUUGUGUGAGUAUGGAAGGUCGGGAUCUUUAUUUGGUUUGUCAUCGCAUCCUGCCUUUUGAGGAUCGAAAAUGGAAUGAAGACAAUGAUAGAAAUGCCGUUUGGAAAGUGGUGAAGAAUACCCAAAUAGAAUGGUUACCACUUGUCCAAGCAGAUAACAAGCGUACAAAGUUGAUAGCUUUGGGAGGUUUAGAUGAACAGAUGAACAAAAUGAAAUCAUUUUUAUCCAGUUGUUGUGAAAGUGAAGAAUACAGAGAACAGUUGAGUCGUUUGGGCAUUCGUCCUAGUCGAGGUAUAUUAUUAUACGGUCCACCGGGAACUGGCAAGUCGACAUUGGCACAAGUAGUAGCGUCAAGCAUGCAAGUCCGUUGCGUACGAACAGUGAGAGCGCCUUGGAUAGUUUCAAGUACAUUUGGAGAAACGGAAUCCACCUUGAUGGAAAUAUUUCAACAAGUUGGAGAUCGAGUUCCAUCGAUUCUCAUUAUUGAUGAAAUAGAUGCUUUAGGUGUUUCUCGAGAUAGUCAGUUUGCAACGGAGGCAGAGCUCAGACUAACUGGUUCUUUGUUGAGGUGUAUUGAUCAGAUGCCAAAGAGAAUGGUAUUGAUUGGAACUACUCAUCGUCUGGAUGCUUUAGAUGCUGCAUUGAGAAGACCUGGACGUUUAGAUAUGGAGUUGGAAGUUUCUGUUCCGAACAGUUGCCAACGUUGUUCCAUUUUGCGUGAAAUUAUAAAAAGCAGCACAUCUUUAAGAGAUGAGAAAGGGAUGACAUGGCAAGUUGAGUUGACAGACGAUGAUUUGUUGGAAGUUGCCAACGAUUUGCAUGGCUAUGUAGGAGCAGAUAUACUAGCAUUAUGGAGAGAGAGUUGUUACUUAGCAUAUAAACGAUGGAAACAAGGCAAGGCUUUAGAAUGUCGCGCUAUAUCUGUGCUGAAGGAAGAUUUACAAGAAGCUCGUAAAGAAAUAUUUCCCAGUGCGAUGAGAGAGAUAGUGGUUGAAGUUGCUCAAGUUUGUUGGGACGACAUUGGAGGUUAUCAUCAAGUGAAACAGCAGUUAAGGGAAGCAGUUGAAUGGCCUAAGAAGUAUGCUCAUUAUUUUCGACGUUUUGGUAUUUCUCCUAUAAAAGGCAUCUUAUUAUAUGGCCCUCCUGGUUGUAGUAAGACUUUGAUGGCAAAAGCGUUGGCGAAUGAAACCAAUUGCCAUUUUUUAUCUGUCAAAGGCCCAGAAUUAUUUCAAAAGUGGGUUGGAGAGUCAGAAAAAGCAGUACGCAAUUUAUUUCGAAAAGCCAAGUCUGUUGCACCGUGUAUUAUAUUUUUUGAUGAAAUCGAUGCUUUAGCUUCACGUCGACAAGAAGAGCAAAAUAGUUCACAUGCAGAACAACGAGUAUUGGCACAAUUAUUAACCGAAAUGGAUGGCAUUGCUUCCAGUGGAUUGAUGAGUCGUGUUGAUGAGGAGAUGGAAGAGUCUUGGAUAUUUGUAUUGGGUGCCACGAAUCGACCUGAUUUAUUGGACCCGGCAUUGAUACGACCGGGUAGAUUUGAUAGACUUGUUUAUGUUGGGCUACCUGAUUCGGAGGCGAGGGAACAAAUAUUAAAGAUUCAUUGUCGUUCUAUUCCAUUGAACGACUCCUCCAUGGAUUGGAAAAGUUUAGUAGAGUUGACUCAAGGCAUGACGGGAGCAGAUUAGUUGAUAGUCAUUCAGAAAUUUCUCAACAUCCUCAAGUGGAGUAUUAUCAUUUUGAAAU